ACAUAUGUUUGUAUUUUUUUCAGUAACGACUAACAAAAGUUUAAUCAACAAAUAAAUAUUGUAAAAGAUCUUGAUGGGCCGAUAUCCAGUGGGCAGCCCAAAUGAACCGCUUGUACAGCUUCGGGUCAGACACUCGGAAAGUACUCAGCGACCUGGCCCACAAGUUCUUGGAGCACUUCGCAUCCAGCCGGAGGCAGAAGCUCCCCUUCUCGCAUCUGCUCAACGUGAAGAUCCGGAAGGGGGAACAGCUCCGGGAAUUCAUAAAUAGGUGGGAGAAGGAGGCUAGGGACAUCCAAGGGGCGGACGACCAGGCCCUGAUCGCCAUGCUCCAAGCUGCACUCCCCCAAGGGGACGUGCGCAAGGAGCUGCAACGGAAUCCUCUCUCAACCUACCAGGAGAUGUUGGCCAGGGCGAAGUACUUGGCGUUAGAAGAAGAAGAUGAUGAGCCACCAGUCCGGAAGGAGAAGAAAAGCGGGCCACCGGUGGCAGAAGGGAAGAAGAGAAAGGACUAUGGUAAGGGGCCAAACCUUACCGGGUAUCAUGCGAACAGACAUCCUGUUCACGCGGUACAGCCGUUGCCUACCCCUCCUCAUAGUCGGGAAAGCUAUGGUGUGCAAGAUGCACCCAAAUACUGUGAGUACCACCGUAAUAGCACCCACAAUACGUCGGAGUGCGUUACGUUGAAAAAGGAGAUGGAUCAGCUGAUUGCAAGAGGGCCACCUCCUCGGUCGGACCGACCGUCCUCGAGUAACCGGACCUGGAGGAGGCCAUCAGCCCCCGCGGCAGCGAUCACAGCGGGGGAAGGGCAGGAAGAUGGGCGGCGACAUCUAGGGCGAGAUUGUGAGGACCUAGAUGAAGAAGAAAGGCAAGGUCGCCGACACCUGGGGUGUCGGUUCAUCAUGGGAGGAAACACGGGAGGAGAUUCAGUGUCCUCCCGGAGGAAGCGGAAGAACAUGGUGUACCUGGCCGAGGUACAGAGGCCGCCGCUACCUAAGCGGAAGAAGAAGGAACCUCUGAUCUUCACAGACGAGGACUAUCCCCCGGUCCUCAGCCCUCACAGGGAUGCUUUGGUGAUAAAGGUGGAGAUCAAUAAUGUGGUUGUUCAUCGAACUUUGGUCGAUACGGGUAGCUCGGUCAACGUCAUGUACAGAAACACCUUUAAGGAGUUGGGAUUGUCCCGGAGCGACCUGAAACCAAUCCAUACACCACUAUCAGGGUUCACAGGGGAUACUAUAGAGGCUGAAGGAACCAUCACGGUGAAGGCCGGGGUGGGAUAUGGCACCCACCGGCUCUGGAUCGACAUGGAAUUUAUGGUAGUGCAGCUCGACUGUGCACACCAUUUGAUUCUGGGACGACCAGGGUUGGAGGAUCUGGAGUGUGUAAUCUCCCCCGCCCACCUAUGCCUAAAGUUCAACACUCCCACGGGAGUGGGGGUGGCCAAGGGAAACCAAAGCCUGUCACGGUCGUGCUACGUCAGGGAGACCAAAAGCCAAGCCCGGGUCGACGAGAAUGUAAGCACGAUCUGCGCUGCAAUCCAGAAGGAGUAGGGGCGACCGCGAGCUGAGCCAGCGGAAGAGGUCGAGGAAGUUUCUCUGGACCCGAUCGAGCCAGAGCGGAAGGUGAAGGUAGGCAAGACCUUGCCGCUUGAAUUAAAGGAGCAGCUACUGG